CCGGGCGCCGAGGAUCUUGCAAAGAUGGGACGUCCCUGGUUGCUGCUCUGCCUGCUCCCCGUGGUGCGAGCUGCGGACGAGCAGAGCCCUGAAGCGGCCCUGGGGCCCAAUGCCUCGCACUUCUUCUCCUGGAACAACUACACCUUCUCCGACUGGCAGAACUUCGUGGGCCGGAGGCGCUACGGGGCCGAGUCCCAGAACCCCACGGUGAAAGCCCUGCUCAUCGUGGCUUACUCCUUCAUCAUCGUCUUCUCGCUUUUUGGCAAUGUCCUGGUGUGCCAUGUCAUCUUCAAGAACCAGCGGAUGCACUCGGCCACCAGCCUCUUCAUCGUCAACCUGGCCGUGGCGGACCUCAUGAUCACGCUGCUCAACACCCCGUUCACUUUGGUCCGCUUCGUGAACAGCACGUGGGUGUUCGGGAAAGGGAUGUGUCACGUCAGCCGCUUCGCCCAGUACUGCUCCCUGCACGUCUCGGCUCUGACGCUGACGGCCAUCGCCGUGGACCGUCACCAGGUCAUCAUGCAUCCGCUAAAACCCCGGAUCUCAAUCACAAAAGGUGUCAUCUACAUCGCAGUCAUUUGGACCAUGGCUACGUUCUUUUCACUCCCACAUGCUAUCUGCCAGAAACUGUUCACCUUCAAGUACAGCGAGGACACUGUCCGCUCCCUGUGCCUGCCAGACUUCCCUGAGCCAGCCGACCUCUUCUGGAAGUACCUGGACUUGGCCACGUUCAUCCUGCUCUACAUCCUCCCCCUGCUCAUCAUUUCCGUGGCCUACGCCCGCGUGGCCAAGAAGCUGUGGUUGUGCAACACCAUCGGCGACGUGACCACGGAGCAGUACCUGGCCCUGCGGCGCAAGAAGAAGAAGACCAUCAAGAUGCUGAUGCUGGUGGUGGUCCUCUUUGCCCUCUGCUGGUUCCCCCUCAACUGCUACGUCCUCCUCCUGUCCAGCAAGGUCAUCCGCACCAACAAUGCCCUCUACUUCGCCUUCCACUGGUUCGCCAUGAGCAGCACCUGCUACAACCCCUUCAUCUACUGCUGGCUCAACGAGAACUUCCGGGUCGAGCUGAAGGCGUUACUGAGCAUGUGCCAAAGGCCACCCAAGCCUCCGGAGGAGCGGCCGCCCUCCCCGGUCCCUUCCUUCAGAAUGGCUUGGACAGAGAAGAGCAGUGAGCGCAGGGCUCCACUGGCCAACCACCUGCCGCCCUCCUCCCAGCUCCAGUCUGGAAAGACAGACCUGUCGUCCGUGGAGCCCAUUGUGGCCAUGACCUAGAGGAGAAGGGUGGGGAGGGGUGGGGUGGGGGCCUCUGCUUCCAGCUGAGGCUGAGAA